CAAGAUGGCGUCCAAACAGGAAGCAACCCCACAAUGCAAUAACGAACAUGGCAGCGCCCGGCGGGCUGGGUGCCACGUCCACUAUGCAGCUCCAAAAUGUGCAUAAUUUGACGAAUAUAGAAGAUAUGCAAAAGGCAUUUGCACAGCUAUGUUCAGAGGAGGAAUCUUUAAACCAAGAACUGGAAGAUCUUCAGGAGCACCAGACAGCAAUUGAAACAAAAAUGCUUAGUUUACACAAAAUGCUUCCCAAUCUGCAGUUAUUACACACAGACUCUCGUCAAUUAUCCAGCAUGGUUUCCUUCACCUCGACACUGGCGGAAAAUGUCAGUGGGAAAGUACGGCAGUUAGAUCUGGCCAAGAGUCAUGUCACAGCCUGUAUGCAGAGAGUUGAAGAUGUGCUGGAUCUUAAAUUCUGCACUGAUGGUGUUCAGACAGCACUUCAGAAUGAAGAUUAUGAACAGGCAGCAGCUCACAUCCAUAGGUUCCUGAGUCUGGAUGAAAAUGUCCUUAGGAUGACAGAAGGAUCAAAUGAAGGCAGCACACUAGAUACAUCCUUCCAGUUAUUACAUGAAGCCGAGUCCAAGCUCAAGAAAAUAGUUCACAAAAACUUCGACGCGGCUGUGCAUUCCAAAGACGUAGCGUCUGUGGAGAGAUUCUUCAAAAUAUUCCCUCUUAUUAAUCUUCAUGAUGAAGGGCUCACCAAAUUUUCCAAAUACUUGUCAGCCCAGAUAUCUGAGACAGCUGAGACCAAUCUUAAUCAAGCUUUAAGUGUGAAAUCCAGUGACAAGCGUUCAACUGUGAUCUUUGCUGAUACAAUCACAUUGCUAUUCGAGGGUAUUGCCAGGGUGGUGGAAAUCCACCAGCCCUUAGUGGAGACAUAUUAUG